AUGACUGUCACAGAGAACUGAUCUCUGAUGGGUGGUCUUUGAUGCAGAACAUCGUGUACAGAGUUGGAGAAGGGAAAUCAAUUCCAUUGAAAGAUCUCAGAGAUGUGGGGGAACACCAUCCAAACAUGACUAACACUGGUCUUUAAUUUACUUCACUAAUAUUAAAUCAUAUUUCAUUUUAGGACCAUGACAGUGUGUCACAGUACUGUUAUUUGGAGUUGAAUUGAAAACAUGGAAACUGAAGUAGACUUCUAACUCAGAAGAAUGAAAUAGAAGAAUCUGGAAGAAGCAAAGUCUGUCCUGUGGUUCUUCCAGAUAGAAAUGGACUGCCAGGGAGGGGGCAGGUGCUACAAGGUCAGGCAGGAUGGUGGCAGUGUGUGCUACUUAGUACAUGGAGCCUGGAUUUGUGAAGACCCUGCCUGGCUCAAAGUCUUGCUGUCACUCCAGCACUGUUGCUGAUGUGCAAUGGACAACUUCCAGUACAGUGUCCAGCUCAGUGAUCGAGAAUGGGCCGAGUUUUCAGCCACUGCUGAUGAGUGUGGCCUCUUGCAGGCUGACCUGGCCUCUGGUGACGAGCUCUUGUCCAGUGACAUUGACCAAGGGGACAGCAGUGGAAGCAGCCCCCCUGGGCCUCCACCCCUCUUCACUGGGCAGCUGGUUUCCCAAGGGAGGGGACAUCAGAGCUGUAAGUUGGAGGACGUGGCUGCUCAGCAGCUGGUCAGCAGGUCUCAGUGUGAGCCUGUCCUGGCUCUGGAGGUCAGUCAUCAGGUAGCCAGCACGUCCACACAGUCAGAAGCCCUUCUGUUCCCCAGCUCAGACAGUGUCUGUCCUGACCAGGCCUUGUCCUUCCUAAAGCCAGCAGCUUUCGGAGACAAGAUGCAGAGGCUUUUGCAAGGCCCUGCCUCUAGCUCUGCUGGUAAGCCCCCUCAUAGUCCUGAGUCCCCUGGCCACAGUGCCAUCCCUCAGAGUCCCCCUGACAGCCUUGAAGCUUCACUGCGGAACCCUGGUCGUAAGAAGAGGCGUGUUGUAGGUGCCAAGGGGACCAAGUACUCUGGAUCUCUGGACUCUGCCGCUAUCCAGAUGAGUUCCCCACAGCUUCCAGAGACCAGGCCCAAGGAGGCUCUUAUGUCUGGGACACUAGUGGCAAAAGCCCAGCAAGAUAAGCCACAGUUGGACUCCACAGGUGCUCCUGAACAUGGCCCUGGUAUUCCUGAACAGAUGGCCAGACAAGAGUCAGGCUUGGAUCUUUCUACACCUAUUCUGAUAACUAAACAAAAUACAGACCAGGACAGAAAGACAUCCAGAGCUGUGUUACACGUGGUAUCCAAACCUGUCCAGGAAGUUCAUCCAGAUAUCUCCAUGGCCACAUCAAAUAUAUCUAUACAUGCCUCCAAGCCUCAACCCUGUGUGGCUUUGUCUAAACAUGCCUCCAAGCCUCAGUCUGACAUAGCUUCAUCUACACAUCCCUUCACGCCUGACAUGACUUUGUCUACACUUGCCUUCAAAUGUCAACCUAAUAUGAAUCAAUCUAUACCUGCCUCUGAGCCUGACAUGGCAUUGUCUACACCUGCCUCUACAUCUCAACUGGACAAGGCUGAAUUUGCAUCUGCUUGCACACCUGGAUUGCAUGUGGACCUAUCUGCAGCAGGCUUGGAGAUCAAACCAGAAGUUUCUCCCUCUAUGCCUGUCUCAGUGGAUGUGCUUUGUACAGAUUUGCCUCAUUCUGUUUCAAAGACUGAGUCUAAAGGGAGUGUGUUUAUACCUGUUAUGCCUUCUUUAUCCCCCAUUUCUCAGGUUGAAGCUGCCAUGGUGGAUACAGGAGUGACUGUGCCUCCAGGGGGAAACAUUGAGAAGCCAGUAGGGCAGUUCUCAUCAGGGUCCUCAGGAGAGCCCUGCCUAGGUCCUGUCCAAACCCCCAAGAAGAAGAAAGUACGAUUUUCCAUGGCUAUACCCAGCCAUGAAGAAUCAGGGUCAGGCGAGCCUACAGGUUCAUCCUUCCUAACCCCAGACCAGCCUCCAGCUCCCAGAACAGCAGCAGGAAACCGUGGGGGGUCUUCAGCCUGGGAUGCUGUGGCUGUUGGGCCCCGACUUCCCCAGCCUCGGAUCCUCAAGCACCUGCCUCCUCCCAUAUCCUCUGUAUCAGCAGAGGCUGAGCCUGGAAGUUGCUUUGCAGUGACUCUCCCAGAGGCUUAUGAGUUCUUCUUCUGUGACACUAUUGAGGAGGAAGAUGAAAAUGUAGAGGACGAAGAGGCGGCCAGUCAAGCUCUGGAUGAAGUCCAAUGGCCUGACACAUGCGAGUUUUUUUUUCGGGAUAGCAGAGCCCAAAGAUCAAGAUGUCAGAGGGGAAACUCCCCAGUCUCACCACCAAGAGCAGACACUGUGGCACCCGUUCCCUCUGGAGAUUUGAUGCCUAUCUCCAUCCCUGAGGUCUAUGAACACUUCUUCACUGAGGAAGGAUUUGGGAACAGACAGUCUCCAGCCACUCAUAUCCAGAUGCAGACCUCAGAGCUUUCCAGGGAAGUAGGGCUUGAGGCAUCCUCCAAGCCUGUUCCACCUACAGCAGAACAUCUUAGCUUAACAAUCAGGAAGGCAGGGGAACUACGGAGUCCCCUUACUUCAUUUACAUUCAGUCAAAAUGACAUGUGCCUGGUGUUUGUUGCCUUUGCCACUUGGGCUGUGAGAACCUCAGAUCUACAUGCCCCAGAUGCUUGGAAAACAGUCUUGCUGGCCAACAUUGGCACCAUCUCUGCUAUCCGCUACUUCCGCCGUCAGGUUGGGAGAGGGCAUAGUGACAUACCAAGACCCAGUUCCAGCUCAAACCCCAGCUGCUAGGAGCCAAGCUGGCCUGGUGAGGCAUGGAGCAUGAAGAUGAACCCAGGUGACAAGGACAAUAUGUUGCUCUUCUCUCCACCCUUUGAUCCCUAGAUGUCUUCUAAGGCAUCUAGGAAGGAGCCAGUGCCCUUGGUACUGAUUUACUUGGAUUCAACCUAAGGGUCCAGCCACUGACUAAGGCCAAGGCCACUUUUCCAUACCUGAGAGGGUAGAGAUUCAGGGUUGUGGGUAAGUGGGCACCAAGCAAGGAGCUGGGUAAUAGGACAUCAUAUUUGCAAGGAAAAACUACAGAACACCUAGCUAAAUUUGAAUUUACAUGAAAUUCCUGAAAUGUACUUGUAUGAAGAAAUUAUUAGUUAUCUGAAACCUAACUUAAAAUUGGCACCCUGCCUUUUGUCUGGUCAUAAAUAAAAAUGAGCAGCAGAAGAGGACUCUACAAUAAGUGUCAAAGUAACAAGGCCCCUCUGGAGAUGUCUAGGCCAGGAUGAGGCUACUAAGUGUCUUCAAAGCUAGAGGGAGGCAGUCUAAGAACUCUGCCCUAUUGAAAGGCAGGCUUGGCUAGCUAGGGCCUCCAAGGGCCUGAUCCCUGAUGCACAGCUUGUGCAGGCCUAGUCCAAGUCAGUGAAUAGGUUCUAGGGUAGUGGUUCUCAACCUUCCUAAUGCUGCAACCCUUUAAUACAGUUUCUCUUGUUGUAGUAAUCCCCAACCAUAAAAUUAUUUUCAUUGUGACUUCAUAACUGAAAUUUUGCUAGUGUUAUGAAUCAUAAUGUAAAUAUUUUUGGAGCUAGAGGUUUACCAAGGGGGCUAUGAGCCACAGGUUGAAAACCAUUGCUCUAGGGCAUACCUCCAGGGGUGGUUUCUGAGGCUCCUGCAAUAUGGGAUCUAUGGGGCAGGGUUGGGUCUUCUCCAAGAGCCCCAGACAGGAUAUACAAAGAAUUUAAUAGCAUCCUAUGGAAGGAUUGUCUCCUGAUACUAAAGGGAGCUUGAAUGAAGCUAAGGCUGGGAGAAGUUGUAGAGUGGGAAGGUAGGCGAAGGGACUGAGGUGACACAGUGAUAGCCAGUUCAGGAUGGGAUUCUACCCAAGACAGCAGAUAAAGGUCCUUAGAAUGGUAGAUUACUCUGGCUGCUCAGAGGGGAACACAGGGACAUAGCACCAAUAAAAUCUCUUUCUCGU